AUGCCACCAUUGACAGAAACAUUAAACGGAGUGAAAAAUGGGAUUUACUUGAAACCCUUGUGUAAUUUCUGGGAUUAUGAUUCCAGUUUUCAUUCUCAAGUCCAAAAGAACCACUCCAAUUUGGACAUCCAAAGGCCCCAAAAUUGUGAGGUGAUGUGUUCUCACAAAGAAGGUAUGGUUACUGCAAAGAGUUUUAACACAGGGUCGCUUCGAGACACUCUAUACAGGACAGUUUCCCUUCCUGUUGAUGCUGUGGAUGUAUAA